CUUGGCAGAAGUCUUCCGCCAUACUGCCAACAGCAUGUUGUUGUAACCAACUCCUGAAACAUUAAAAGGUCCUUUUACCGGAAUUAUGAGCAAAUACUGCUUGUGUUUAUAUCUCUGAUUCACACACCUGCCAUAACUUGACCUCUCUGUGGCCCGCGUCCCUAGGUAGACACCAGGCUCCGCUCCCGCUCAGCAACUAGACAGUCAGGUCAAGGUUCAAAGGUCAGACGGCGUCACCAUGGUGCGUAACGUGGACGACCUGGACUUCUGCCAGUCCACCCACGCCCAGAGCGUCCUGGACGGGCUGCGCUCUCUCUGCUCUCACCCCAAGCUGGUGGACGUCACCCUGAGCGCUCGAGGCCGCGACUUCCCCUGCCACCGCGGCGUGCUGGCGCUCUGCAGCUCCUACUUCCGCUCCAUGUUCUCUGGGGACUUUGUGGAGAGCAUCGCGGCCCGGGUGGAGCUGCAGGACGUGGACCCAGAUGUGCUGAGCACCCUGCUGGACUUUGCCUACACCGGCAAGCUGACCAUCAACCAGGGCAACGUGGAGGGGCUCAUGCACACCUCCAGCCAGCUGCAGUUCCAGGCGGUGCGGGCUGUGUGCGGCCGGUACCUCCAGAAUCAGAUCGAUGCCACCAACUGCCUGGGGAUUCUAGAGUUCGGGGAGCUCCACGGCUGCCCAGAGGUGGUGGCCAAGGCCUGGGCCUUCCUGCUGGAGAACUUUGAGGCGGUGCAGCAGGGAGAGGAGUUCCUGCUGCUGGAGAAGGGCCGGCUGGUGGCAUGCCUGGCUAACGAGACCCUGCAGACCCGGUCGGAGCGGUCGCGGGUGGAGGCGGCGCUGAUCUGGGUCCGGUACGCAGAGGCCUCGAGGCUGGACAGCCUUCCAGAGCUGCUGGGUCUGGCCAGGCUGGCCCUCCUGCCCCUGGAGUACCUGGGGGAGACCCUGCUGAAGGACAGCCUGCUGCAGAGCUCCGACUGCUGCAGGGAGGCUGUGGAGAGGCUGUACAGAGAGAAAAUGAACCUGGCUCCAGGGGAAGUGGUGGAGGCUGGCAGUGAGAGUCCUCAGCCCAACCUGCAGGAGGUGCUGUUCGUCAUGGGGGGCCGCUCGCUGGACGACUCAGAUGAUGAAGAUGAGGAUGAGGACAGAGACCCCAGACUGCUGCCCAGGAACUGUGGCUUCUACAACACCAAGACCAAACAGUGGCAUCAGCUUGCAGACUUCCCCAACUACAACAAGUGGGGAUACUCACUAGUUUCUUUGAAUAAUGACGUCUACGUCACAGGGGGUUCCCGGGGCUCCCAGACCAACACCUGGUCGACCACGGAGACCUGGAGGUACACUACGAGGGAGGGCCGCUGGGCCAAGGUGGCCCCCAUGCUCCGAGCCCGGACCAACCACACCUCGGUGACGCUCAACGGAGAAAUCUACGUCAUCGGAGGCACAACACUGAACUAUGUGGAAGUUGAACAUUACGACCCUUACACUGACACCUGGGGUAUGACCUGCCCUGCCCUCAGAUACGUGACCAACUUCACUGCCACGGCGUGUCACGGGAAGCUGUACCUGAUUGGCUCCUGUGCCGUGAAGUACAACGCUUUGACCAUGCAGUGCUACAACCCUGUCAUAGACGGCUGGAGCGUGAUCUGCUCUCCCUUCAUCCCCAAGUAUCUCUCCUCUCCUCGCUCUGUCUCGGUGGAUGGACUCAUCUACCUGAUCGCUGACAACACCAAGAAGGUGUACCUGUACGACCCUGAGGCCAACCUGUGGCAGAAGGUUCAGUUCCUGCACAUGCUCCAUGAGAAUGGGGGCCUGGUGGUUCUGGACGGCCACCUGUACGUGACAGGGGGCCACUGGAAGGGCAUGGAGGGGGACUACGGCGUGGAGGUGGAGGCCUACGACCGAGCCUCCAACUCCUGGCAGGUGGAGAGCUUCCUCCCUCGUCUCUGGUUCUACAGCGGGGUGUGUUCUGUGUUCCUGGACCCGGCCCAGUGGCCAGAACCUUUCCCUAUGGAUGAGGACUGACGGACGAGAGCUGAGGAUGAAGACUGAGGAUGAGGGAGCAGGACUGUGGAUGAGGACUGAGGGGUUGGACCCGAGGAUGAGGCCUUUAGGAAGGACAGUGUUUGGGCCUCAGGGUCCUAGUGCCAGCUGCUCCUGUCUGCGCUACAUGCAUGCAGAGUUAUUGUGAACAUCAUCAGGGGGUUUGUGUCCCAGAAUAGCAGGUUGCUACAUGCUCUCAUAUUUCGUUAUUCUUUUUUGGUAUUUGUGUGGAGCUCAUAAGAUGUGUUUAUUUAUACCUUCUGUAACCUGCCUCGGAUGCAAGGACAUGUUUUCACUUUGUUGUGUUUGUGUUUUAGGAUCCCUAAUGGAGUCAAUAAAUAUUUGUAGAAAAUA